GACAGUUUUCACUCUUCCAAAGCCUUCUCUCUCUUUUUUUGUUCACGUGUGGCCAGGCUUGGAUCCUAGAGACCUCCUUCGAGAUAUUCAACUCUGUUGAAGACCUUAUCCUCUCUACCUCUCUCUCUCCUUUCCACGGAUAUAUCCCUCGAGAUCCUGACUCUUGUACAUCUCACCCCUGCCGGAAGAGCGAGAGCCACUUACACGCUUACCCGCACAACGCCAAUAUCCCACGUCCGAUAGUCGAAGCGACACCCGCGCCGAGCAUAACGCGCCCACCUCCCAACGACGUGCAAGGAACACGAAUUCGAGGAAUUACAAGAGGGAACACUGCACAAGGAACAAACACGCCCUUCUAUAAUCCUCAGACCGGCACUCUCACUCUCCUAGUCUGGGCAUGCUGUCGUCGCCAUAAUGCUCGACUCGUCGCCCCAAUCAAAGACCCAGGAGCCUACGCUUCCUCUGGCCGGCACCAAACGUCCUGCCCCGAGCCUUCUCCCGGCAUUCGAACCUCUCUCUUCCUCCCCGGGCUUCCCUAGACCCUCCAAACGACAAGCCCGUCCCGGUUCUGUGGGAGCAAGCAACGCGUAUCUGAAAUAUCCCACCCCGAUCCCGACCUCGAGCACCGGCAUCCUAUCCUCCUCUCCGCCCCGCGUACACUCAAGACCGGGUGGUCUGUCUCGAGCACUCUCUACCGCCUCUGAGCGCACUCCCCUCGGUGCUGUCAGCUCCAUUGAACUGAACGAGAAUGGCGAAACUCUCCUCAUGGGCCGCUCUAGCAACUCGUCCCACUACCAGCUGUCCGCAAACCGCCUCGUGUCCCGCAUCCACGUAAAGGCCCGCUACGUGCCUGCUCCCUCCGCUCUGGAGCCCAACAAGAUUGAAAUCAUCUGCAAUGGCUGGAACGGGUUGAAGCUUCACUGCCAGGGUCGCACGUGGGAGCUUCUCAAGGGCGACUCCUUCACGUCUGAAACAGAAGGGACCGAAAUCAUGAUUGACGUUCAGGACGCCCGCGUCAUGAUCCAAUGGCCGAAGCGGGACCGUCGCGACCGCCUCGCGAGCCCCGAUGAUUCUGCUUGGGGUGACUCGCCUCCUCGCUCUGCUGCCCGCGUUGCCGCCGACCUUUUGCAGUCGAGUCCCCUGCGCCGGCCCUCGCGCAUCGAGUCCCCAGACUCACCAACGGCGCAUCUCAGCAGCUCGCAGCGCCUUCAAGCUCUGUUGCCCAGGGAAGAUGGGGAAGUGCAAAUCUAUGAGGACUCGAGUGCAGACGAGCCCGAGCUUCCCAAGCUGGUUGACUCGGGCACAAUCAUUGGUCAGAGCUUCGCUACCGAGGCCACCAACUCCUUCUCGUCCGAACUCAGUGAGCCGGAAGACGAGAACGUGAAUGACCCUGACGAGGAGAAUGACCCCAUUGUUCACUCUUUUGGACCCUUUGGGGCAGAUAUCUCCAAUCGUCUCGCCUCUAUCACUACCGCGUCUCCCAAAUUCCCUCCUUUCAAGCGGGCAGCCUUGCCCACAGUCAGCGACGAGUCUAGACCCUCCAGCCCCAUCUCCGCGCCGCCAAAGUCGCCAGACGAAGCAGAAGAAGGCGAGGUGCUAGAAGACGAGGAGGAAGUCAAGGAAGCGGAGCCCCCCUACGAGAAUCCUACCGUUUGCAACCACGUCGUCAACCAGCUGGCCUUUUCGCGUCUGUCGUCCAACCCCCUGUCGACCAUCAUGAACAACCUGCCGUCGGAAGAGCGCAAAGGGUUGACCAAAGAUCAGCUUCGAAGUCUGAUCGAGGCAACGGCAUGCAUUGGCAUCAUCCAACGCCAGGGCAAGGACGCUGCUGGCAAGCAGCUCGAGAGCGAGUACUACUACGUUCCCGAGUUCGACGACGACGACCAGCGCCGCCUUGCCGUGACGGAUGGUCUGCGCAAGCCCAGCCUGCGCGCGUGUCGCAAGCAGCACAAGCAAUACUACUGGAAGCGCCCCCGUACACCUUGAACCUUGUUCCAGCUAUCGCUUUUCAUCCCAUGUUUUUUUCGGGGUCUCAACGCCCUUUUUGCCUUGCUGAGGCUGAACUGAUGGCGUGCAUUCACCGAGCAUGGCCUCUCACUUCUCUCCUCUUGCACAACACCCUUUUUACUGUCUAUACCUUGGCUCUCAAAAGCCACCAUUGGGCAAAACCAACUCGUGUGUACUGGUUGCAUAGCGCAAGGCGUUUUUUUCUGUUUCAACGUAUUAUUACUGUACGAUUCCACUACUACUACUAUAUCUCCGGAGAAGGGCGGCCUCCUUAUUUUUACCCCAAAGAUUCCCCCAAAGGCACGCGAAACAAAAUCACCGUAACACGCCCGCGCCUACAACCCCGACACCGACCCCGUUAGAUGAGAUACAUGCGGCAUCCAGGUUACAUACGAUUUGGAAGCGAGGAGUGUGUGUCUCUUGAUUUUUGAUGGAUUUUUCUCGUCUCGCCUGUUUCGUCUUUUGAACUUGAUUUUUUGCAAGGGUUACACGAAGAAGGAUGGGAUAUGAAUUGGGACUGGCGGGCGGUCGGUCACGGAAAUGGGAAAUGAUGAUGGGUGGGACGAAUGGGAUGGGAUGGUGUUGGA